AUGACAUUGGAGCUUGAUAUCAAAGUGGAGGAGUUGAGCAUAAACCCAGAAAGUGGUUUGAAUCUUCCUUUAGAUUGGGAGAAACCGGUGAUUCCUGAGAAUUACAAUCAAAAUGGAAGCCAGGGUGUGAGAAAGGAAAUAGAUGAACAAUCUGCAAAGCUUAUUCUUCUUCUGAAUUUGAUAGAUGAAUAUGAAAGAAAUCUUGUAGGGAUAUGUGACAAACUGGAAGCAGGGUUUCUACAACUAUCUCGAGCCAAAUUUUACAACCCCAACAGAUUUGACUCUUCGUACUAUGAUUUGCGGGAAUUGAAAGCCCAAAGCCAGUUCAAGGAUGGGAAAUUGUCUAUGCAGGAAGCACCAAAACCUGGCUCCAAGUCAGAGGAAAAAGAAAAGGAAAAAGAGGCCGAAGUGUCAACGUUGAGGAAUAGACAUCAAAAAAGCUUAAAAACCGUUAAGGAGGAAAAGCUUGACGAAAAAUCGAAAAACUCCUCUUUCAAAGACCCCAUAAAAAUGUUUGGCGCUAUCCUUCCCGCUUCUCUGUAUGAAUCACAAGCUGCUUUCAAACAAGCUUUAAAACUCUUAGUGGAAAAGAAACGUCUAGUAGCUGAAAUGAGCGUACUUUUUGACAGGAUUGAAGAAAUAGAAAUGGAAAACGCAAAGGCAGAGUCGAAGGAUAAGGAUAAUGUCCAAGAGGAUGAUUCACCUAAAAAACACAAUGAGCAACAAACCAGUGUGUAG